AUGGCCGGUCGACGCUCUGUCAGGUCGGACGCGGAUCAAGUCUGCACAAGCCUUCUGGACGUCGUGGCGGUGGUCGACGAGUCAGGCUCUAUUGGUACCGGGAACUACAAGAAAGUGCGUACCUUUCUACAAGACUUUGCACGUACCAUGCCUCUCUCCCCUGAAGAUGUCCGCAUGGGUUUGGUUACUUUCGGCACCAGAGCUGUGAAUCACUGGGACCUCAGCGACUCUAGAGCCCAGAGCACGGAAUUGUUCGCCAACGCAGCAGCCAAUCUGGCGUAUGCAGCAGGUUCCACUUACACUCACCUUGGACUCAAUUCAGCGGGGGACAUGCUCUUCAAUACUCAGAAGGGAGGCCGGGAAGGUGUGCCGAAGAUGGUGUUGGUGAUGACGGACGGUGCCAGCAGUAAACGCGCGCAGACUUUAUCCGCUGCCAAAAGCCUGCGCGAACGUGGAGUGGUCGUUGUUGUCUUAGGAGUCGGUACAGGAGUUAACUCGUCAGAAUGUCGAAGUAUUGCAGGCUGCGAUACUACGGAUUGCCCCAGAUACUUGCAGACGAAUUGGGUAGAUGUCGGCAAACAAGUCAGCACCAUCAUCCAGGCUGCAUGCAGAGACCUUGCGAAAGAUGCAGUAUGUAGUGACUGGAGCGAAUUCGGGCCUUGCGAGGGGGAGUGCGGCACAGAGGGAAAGCGGACGAGCACCCGUGUAGAGAUCGCCCCACAGCAGCCGGGAACACCACCGUGCCCUACCUGUGAAGCUCCUCAGGGUCGGUCCUGCGCUGAACAGUCUCCUGGUCUAAUACGCACGGAACCGUGUAGCAUGCCGGCCUGCAGGGUUGACGCGCAUUGUGGGGAGUUCGGCCCCUGGUCCGAAUGGAGCACCACCUGUGGAUCGGCGACGCGACAGAGAGAAAGGCAAGAUUACGAAAAUCCGCCAGCCAGCGGAGGUGGUCUUUCAUGUGCUGAGCAGAACCCUCCUAAAUAUCAGAGAGAGACGGAGUCUGUCCAGAAGUCCCCUUGCCCAGUUCAGCAACAGCCGGGACCGUGGGGUGACUGGUCCGAAUGCUCCGCGACAUGUGGAGGCGGUACAAGGCACCGCGACCGGGAGGGGUAUCCUCAGAUAGGCGAACUAAAUGGGGGGGAGACGCUUGAACAACAGGGUAUAGCUGUGCGAGAGACCGAGAAGUGCAAUGAUAUACCUUGCCCUGUCGAUGCAACAUGUGGGGAGUGGUCUGGCUUUACCGAGUGCUCGAAGACUUGUGGCGGCGGCACGCAAGAGCGUAGAAGGGAACCUUGGCUUGACGAUGCCCAGCAUGGCGGUCGAUCGUGCAUAGAGUUGCACCCGGAAGGGCCCAUAGAAAUUACUGAAUGCAACACGCAACCCUGCCCUGUCGAUGAAGUCGUCGGCGACUGGGAAGGAUGGGGACCUUGCAGCGAACAAUGUGGCGGCGGUACGCAGGUCCGCCACCGUUCCCGUAGCAAGGUGGAAGCUACGUUUGGAGGAAAGACGGUUGAGGAACAGAACAAAGGACUCCCUGAAGGCCAAAAGAUUUUGAGAUCCGAGGAGCGAGCGUGCAAUAACGUGCCUUGCGAAGGGGAAGAGAGCUCCGGGGAGAGUUCAGAGGAAGAGGCUAAAGAAGAAGGUGGCGGUUUCCCGACAGCGGCAGUAGCAGGUGGUGUAGCUGGAGGGAUCCUCGCAAUCGCAGCAGGAGCUGGCGCUUUCUACGGCUUGAGCGGUGGAGCUGCGAGUGCCGCUGGUGGAGCUGCUGCAGAGGUCAUGGCAGACGCUGGCGCAACUAACCCUCCUGAAGUUGAAAGAGAGUCCCUUAUUAGUGCAGGCGAGCAGACAGAGAUGUGGGCUUCGUAA